UGUUAACAUGGCUGACUACGACACCAUUGUCGCGCGAGUGAUUGACGAGACGCUCAAAUUCGCGCAGGACUCGACGCUGCGUCCCGUGAAGCAGACGAAGGGCAUCACCAUCCACGCCGGCAACAUUGAAGGCAUCCCAGAGACCCUGUUCCGUGCGACGGGCGAGAUUGACGCGUCGCCCGAGCGCGUCGUCCUGUUUGUACGUCCUGGCCCAGACACGAUGCGCGCCAAAUGGGACUCGUCGUCAAAGUCGAUGAGCCUUGUUCAGCAGGUCAGCGACACGGUCUCCAUCAUCCGGACAAUCACCCACUCGGCCAUGAUGGGACUGAUCUCGGCGCGCGACUUUGUCGACCUGUCCGUCCUGCGCAAGCUCGAUGGCACCGACGACUGGAUUUGCGCUGCCCAGAGCGUCGAGCACCCCGAUACACCCCAUGAGCAUGGCCUCGUUCGUGGGCACAAUUACCCGUGCGGAUUUUGGAUUCAGUCCAUCGAUGGCGGCAAACGCACCCGCUUCACCUACGUCCUCCACACCUCGCUGCGUGGCUCCCUGUCCACCUCCCUCGUGGAAAGCGCGCUGCCCGGUGCACAAAUCAGCUUCUUUGAGGAGGUCAAGAAGGCCCUCACCAAAUAUCCCUAAGUCCAGUGGCAAGAGCGCAGGAAGCUCCCACCAUUGGCAAUGCUGUGAUUGAGUGGCUUUGUCGGUUUGCUUUCAAGCGACACAAAGAAAUGAAACACUGCGAAUUGCAAAAACAAAACAAAAAAAAAGGUUCACCCGAUUAUGCAUUGUCACCGGGACUCGUGGCAGCUAUCCGCUCUUGCUCCGCCUGCUCUGCCAAUUCCGCUUGGU